AUGCGUAAAUUGGUUACGUGCCAAGAUAGCAGACGACGUGGUAUUCCCGGUGUAAGGAAAGAUCAUUUAAAAAGUUGUGUAUUGUCAUGAUUAAAUUGCAAAGUUUUACGAUGCUCUUACGCUUAUUUCAUAUCUAGAAGAAAUUAUGGAUCAUUUAAUUAUCUUGGUGGCUAUGGUACAUUUAUUGUACUGUCCAUUCACAAAAGUGGAAGAAAGUUUCAAUCUGCAAGCAAUGCACGAUAUCUUGUACCAUGGUUUUAACCUGUCCGAGUAUGAUCACCAUGAAUUUCCUGGAGUUGUGCCACGAUCAUUCGUGGGACCAAUUAUAAUAUCAGGCUUGGCAUCACCGCUAAUAGCAACCAUUAAUUAUUUGCAACUUAACAAAUUCUUUGCUCAGUAUGUUGUAAGAGCAACACUGGGUUUAGUAGUAAUAGGUAUGUUAAAAUUAUAUAGAGAUGCUUUACAAAGUGUCUUCGGAUUACAGUUUACAAAAUGGUUUGUUGCAAUAACUGUGACACAGUAUCAUUUUAUGUAUUACUUAAGUCGUCCUUUGCCAAAUAUAAUGGCUAUGCCAUUAGUAUUACUUGCUUUAUAUGGGUGGUUGAGACAAAGUCACAUCAUAUUUAUUUGGUCAUCUGCAGCAGCAAUAAUAAUAUUCAGAGCAGAACUUGCUAUGCUACUGGGCUUAUUCCUUUUGUACGAUAUAACCAACAUGAAACUGACUAUAUCAAGAUUACUUAAAAUUGCAGUGCCAGCUGGUCUAUUUUUUCUAACAUUAACAGUUAUGAUAGAUUCUAUAUUUUGGAGACGAUUAGUAUGGCCUGAAGGAGAGGUGUUUUAUUUUAAUACAGUGCUUAAUAAAAGUAGUGAAUGGGGUACGUCGCCAUUUCUAUGGUACUUCUAUUCAGCACUUCCACGUGGACUGGUUUUGUCAUAUUUUUUAGUACCUUUGGGUAUGUUAUGGGAUGCUCGUGUUCGAGCAUUAACAGUUCCUGGUAUUGCAUUUGUUCUUUUAUUCUCAUUUCUACCACAUAAGGAAUUGAGGUUUAUCAUAUAUGUUUUCCCGUUAUUAAAUGUUAGUGCUGCCGUUGUUUGCCAUAGAAUAUGGGAAAACAGAGGAAAAGGUCCAUGGCAUGGAUUUUUGGCACUAAUCAUUAUAGGUCAUCUAGUUUUAAAUGCUCUAUUUUCUAUGUUUCUUUUAUGUGUUGCUGGUUCUAAUUAUCCGGGUGGUUUGGCUAUUGCCAAAUUACAUAGACUUGAAAAAGACUCUAUUAAUCCAGUACACGUGCACAUUGAUGUCCUAACAGCACAAACAGGAGUUUCCAGAUUCACACAAACAAAUAGUUCUUGGAUUUAUUCAAAACAAGAACAUUUAACCACUGACAGUCCUGAAAUGCUUCAAUUCACACAUCUUUUAAUGGAAGCCAAAAGUAAAUACUCGCCAAAUAUAAAACCGUAUCUUAAAACUCAUGAUAUUUUAGAUUCUGUAGAUGGAUUUUCUCACAUAGCAUUAAACUAUAACAUGUUACCACCUAUACGAAUAAAAACUAGACCAAUAAUAUUUAUUAUGAAAAGAAAGCCUAAUAUAAAGUAUGACCCUAAAAAAGCAAAAGCACAAGUUGAUUUAAAAUGGCAAGCUUCAAGUAAUUUUCAGGAAAGCACAGAAAGUACCUAUGUAAUAAAUGAUACUGUUAAAGAUAUGGAGCCAAUAUUAGAUGAGAUUAUGGAAUCAUUGGAACAAUUUGAAAAACCAUUGAACGUUAUUGAUUCAAACGUAGUAGAUACAGAAAAGCCAGAAGUAAUAAAAUCUGAUAGUAUAGAAACUGAUGUCAAAGAGGAUACCGAAGUUUUUAAUGUAGAACAAAUAUCUACUAACUUAUCUGAAAGUACAUCUUUAGAAACAUCAAUUGAAACAGAAACACAAAAUAUAUCUGAGAUAGAGGAUGAUAUUACUAACAAUAAUAAUAAGUUACAACAUGAUACGGAAAAUAUUUCUAAUGUUAAUGAAAUAAAAUUAGAUGUGCAGGAAGGUGAAGAAAAUGAGAAAAUAGAAGUUCGAAAGGAACAAUUAAAACUCAGUAGCACUCCAGAAGGUAGCACUAUAAAAAAGGUGGUGAAGAAAAUUAUUCAAGAAAAACUUGAAGCAGCUAAACUUAAAAAAGAUAUGAUAGAUGAGAGAGCUGAAAUUCAACCAACAAUUAGUGCCAAAUUAAAAAGAGCGGUUCCAAUAAAAAAGGAGUUACCACAAAAAAUUAUGAUUAUAUCAAAACCAGAACUAAGUGAAAAAUCUGCUAUUAUACAAGAACUAAAAGAAAAAUCUGCAGUAAUUCAAGAAUUAAAAGAAAAACCUAUAAUAAUUCAAGAUGUAAGAGAUAAGCCUAUAAUUAUUCAGAAUAUAAAAGAAAAAAUCAUCAUAAAUCAACAAACAGCUAAUGAACGUAAAAGUAUCAAUGUUAAGGAAAGCAUUAGAAAUAUAAUAAAUCAAUUUAAAGAAUUUGAAAAAGACUUUGUACAUGAAGAUGUAGAAACAACUAAAAAAGAAUCAGAUGUUGAAGAUAACGAGCAAUCUCUGGAAGUAAAUGAAAAACUGACAGGAGAUUCAUUAAACGUCGAUAUUACCGCGGAAACCAAAGAGCCAAAAAUAAUCAAAGAUGCCAAAGAAAGUCUGAAAGAUAUAAUAAAUCAGUUUAAACAAAUAAAAAGUGAAUUAACUUCUGAAGAAGAUGACCAAUUUGAUAAGAUUGAAGCGACAUACAUGGAACGCCCAAUCGCCGAGACAUUAAUGCAAUUUAGUGAAGCAUUAAAAAAUUUAAUACAGAGAAGAAAAAAGAGUACGAUACAUGUUAGGAGCAAUAUUGAUAGUAAUAGUGACAUAUCUAAAUUACAAAGUCAGCCCAAAAUAAGUGCAGGAAAUGCUCAAUUUUUAAAAAUGCAAAAUUAUAAUAAAGAUGAAAAACUAGGGAGAAUCGUUCAAAAUAUUAAUGCGAAAGAUAGCUCGAAUUCAAACAAAGCGUUUCAAGAAAAAUAUUUAUCAACGUCUGCGCCUACUAAAAACGUCCUGUUGAAUGCUCAAAAUUCUAUCGAUACUGUUUCAAAUAAUGUACUAAAACAUGCUUCCAAUGUACAAGAUGAGACGACACAAAAGAAUGUUGGAAAUAGCUCAAACGAUUAAAUUUUAGAAAUAAUUCGCGGUUUUCUGCUUUUUUAAUCAAAAACAGUUAUCUAAUUAUAGUAACAUGUAAAUACGUUGUUCUGUGAUAACGAAAGUGUUGUUCGUCUUAAUCCAUGCUCGUGCAUUACCAACACGGAAAAAUCAAAAUUUAUUUUUCCUAUAUUGUUGCUUGAAAUAUCAAAACAGAAAAGAGGAUUUGUUUAAUACGUAGUAUUACAAACGUACCACAAAUGUAACUUUGUAUGUAUCCGUGUAAGAAAGAUAUAACUCAAACAUUGGAUUGUACAACAAUUGUUUCGCUUAUUAUAAAAUUGUCUUAAUAAUUUUUA